UGAUAUCGACAUGUCUGACAGUGGGUUAUCAGUCAUCAUUUGCUUUGACAGAGAUUAUUUCUUUUUUUAAUCUAUUCAUAUUAUCUAUUAAUAUAAAAAAUAAAUUCAUAGAAAAAUUUGUAGUCUUUAAAAAAUGGUAGUAGUUUUUUUUUGUGUUGGAAGGUGUAGGAUUUUGAACUCUUUUAAUUAUUGAGCUAAAGAUUAUGUACAAUCAAUAUUUAUUUGUGUAAAAAUAGUGGAAUUUUUUAUUAUAAUAUAAUUAAUAAGAUGGGUCCACCACCAGUAGUAACAGGUAUAUCUCCUAAAGAAGGACCUCCAGGAACUCGUGUUAUAGUUCGUGGUGAAUUUUUGGGCAAUAAAGUGCACGAUCUCAUAGGUUUAACGAUAUGUGGAUGUGAUUGCCUUUUAUCAGCAGAAUGGAAAUCCUCUAAUAAAAUUAUUGCCAGAUCAGGACCUUGUAAAGGUCGAGGUGAUAUUAUAGUAACUACUCGUAGUGGAGGACCUGGGACAUCAACAGUACAAUUUCGUGGUUAUCAUGAAACUAUAGGUCCUAUGAAAGAAUCUGCAGUAUGGGUAGAAGAAGCUCCUAUGCAAAGUUUUGUUUGGGGAAGAAGAACACUUUCCCCAACAAAUUAUCAGCAAGAAGAUCCUUUAGGUUUAAGCGUAGAAGGCAAUGAUAAAAAGUAUCCUGAAGAUGAAUUAAUUGAACUUUUUGGAGAAGGCAGUGGAGAUCUUACCAGUGAAAAAUUUCAUCCUGGUUGGUUUUUAUUGCAACAUCACCAUGCCACUACUUUUGAAGAUUUAAAAGCUGGAUUAGCAUUUCUUAAAAGAAAAGUUAAUUCUCAAAAAGAAGGUCAAUUAUCAUUUUUAAAGGCUAAUGUAGGAUCAGUAAUGGAACAAUUAGAUACAAUAAUUUUAUUAAAAGAACAAUUUGAGACAGAUAUAAAAACAUAUGGUAGUGAUCCUACUGAAAAAUUAGAAAAAGCUAUUCGACAAUCUAUGUCAGAAGCUAAUAAAUUGUUUGAUGAUGUAUUAGCAAGAAGAGAUAGAGCAGAUGCAACAAGGAAUGCUUUGUCUGUAAUGCAGAGAUACAAGUUCCUCUUUUGUAUGCCAAUUAAUAUAGAAAAAAAUAUAAAACGAGGCAAUUAUGAUCUUGUAAUUAAUGAUUAUACAAGAGUAAAAAAUUUAUUUAAAAAUACAGAAGUUGAAGUUUUUAAAAAAGUACUACAGGAAAUUGAUAAUAGAAUUAUAAUGUUAAAAACACAUUUAAGAAAUAAGCUUGAAGAAAUGCCUUUCAGUUUAGAAGAACAUAAAAAAAUAAUUAGAAAUCUUGUUAAUUUAGAAGCUGAAGGAGAUCCAGCUUGGGAUGCAAUAGUUUCUCAUUCAAAUUAUUUAAAAAAAAGUAUUACUACCUGUAUGCAAAAACAUUUGGAAAUAGAUAAUUCUAAUGGAGAAAAUUUGAACAAAAUAAAAUUAGUACAAAGUAAUAAACAAUCAAAAUCGGACAAAAACGAUGGAAUGAAUAUUCCUCCACAAAUAUCAUGUAUUGAAACAAUUUGUGAUAUAAUAGUUGAACAAUUACCAGAUUUAUGGAGAUUAGGUCAAAGUUAUUUUACAGGACAAUUACAUGUAGUAGUGGAUGCAGAGAAACAAAUACCUUUUAAGAAUCUAGUAUUAUCAAGUAUGCAACAUGCCAUGGAAGCUAUGAAAAAUAUAUGUAGUAAUGAUUUGGAUGCUACAUGGCUUUUACAUGUUUUACGUAGGAUUAGACAAAUGUAUGCUUCAUUGAUUCAUUUGGAUUUACCGAGUGAUGCAUUAGAUAUUUUCGGAAAAUUUAUACUUGAUUUAAGAUUGCAGUGUUUUGGUGCGCUUUUUAAACAAACCGCAGAUAACAUAGCUGCUUUACAUAAAAAAGAAACUUGGCAAAUCGAAUAUUUGAAUGAAGAUGGUGGUGUUACUAAAGUGCCAUACUUAUUCGAAGAAAUGGUUUUGGAAGUCUCAAAACGCGCGCGAGAUACAGUAGUUGCUUGUGGUCCUCGAGAAGGACCAUUAUUUGCUAAUUCGACGCAUCAACAUUUAUAUUAUAAUUCUGUUAAAACAUUGUUUACAUCGUUUGCAAGAUGUUUACAACAAUUGGCGUUCAGUGGCUGCGAGGAAGCUCUUGAUGAUGAUGAAUCUUCUGUAUCUCAAUUAAUUGGUUCUCCUUCUGGUUAUAAGAGCAAGAAUAAUAAACAUCAAGGCCCUACGUGGGAACAAUGCCUCUUAAUCUCGUUAAGUAAUAUUCGUUAUACAUUGAAUACCAUUCUACCAAAAAUUGGAGAUACAUUGAAAAAUCAAGAUUAUCCAAAUUUAUCAAAUGCAAUUGGAUGGAAUUCUGAUUGGACACAACUUGGUACAUUAGAUACAGCUGUUUUGGAUGCAUAUCUGGAACGUCGCUGCGAUCCAUUAGUUGGUACAAUUGAACCUAGUAUGUAUCUAGGUGGCUUAGAAUGGGAUUUUGAGACUGAACCUACUCAUGUAAGACCAUAUGCACAAGAAAUUUUAGCAAAUUUAAUUGCAGUUCAUGCAGAGGUGCGCCGUGUUGCACCAGCCUUAUUACAACGAGUAUUAUCUCAUAUAGUUGAGACUGUAGCAGAAGAGCUUGCAAGACUUAUGUCUUGUGUUACUCAAUUUCGACCAGCUGGAAUUGUGCAAGCACGUACUGAUAUUACUCUUCUAAAGGAUGCUUUAAAACCUUAUAGUACAACAAGGGCAAAGAAUUUUUUUGAAGAAGCUUUAGAUGCAAUACCACAACCUAUUAACAAAGAUGAUUGUAUGCGAAUCGACAUGUUGUUAUCAAAAGUAGCAACGUCCAUGCAUUUGCAACUAUCAUGUCUUGCCAGUGAUGCAAUAAAUAAUACUCCUAUAAUGAUUGCUGAUCCUAAUCGUGUCACUACUGUAUAGUUUUAAUAAUAAUUUAAGAACUUAAAUAAGUAUUUAUUAUAUUUGUUAUCAUUGGUUUUUUACAUUACAAUAUAGAUUUCUUUAUUCCAGUUACAAAUUCAUCCUUAUUAAUGCGACUAAACAGUUCUCAUCUUACAUUAUUAAAUUAUAUAAAUACAAAAAGUGACACAAGAAAAAAUAAAAAUUGUAAUCUUUUUAAAUGUGUUUCUUUAAUAAUUGCAAAUACAAUAUAUAUUUACGAUUAAUACUAUAUAUCCACAAACGAAUGUACAGAAUAUUGAAAUCAUUUCUUAAACAGAUAAAUUUUAUAAAAUAAAUAAAGAGAACAUGAAGAGCAGAGAUAGAAUAAUUAUAUAAAUAUAUGGAAUAAAAAAAAGCAUUGAAUAUUAGGUUUAUUCAGUACUUCUGUUUGUGGUUAUUUAUUUAAAAUAUAUUCAUUUUUUUU